GGUAGCAGGUUUGGAUUGGAUGAGAGAUGGCGCCGUGCUGAAGCUUCAGGAAGGCGGCGAAGGAGCUGGGAGACCAGGUUGGAACCGGUGGUGAGAGGGAUGAGAGGAACGUUCACGUAUUCUUAGUCCGGAUCGAAAAAUCCACAAUUGCCAGUCCGCCCGAGGGACCGGGAUCCGAAUAUUUUUCAGACUGUGAAUGUGUUCAUGACUAAGGUGUCCAUGGCUGAAAACUGCAGAUCAUCGCGCAAAAGCGUGAAAGAGAAGAUUAGUGGGGUAGCCAUUAAAUCAGAGAAUUUACCGGAAGCUAGAUACGAGCAAUCAGAGAAAAAUCCUUCUGCCAUUGCCACGAUGAAACCAAAAUCAAUACCAGGAGAGUCAGAAAAAGAUUCUGGAUUUUCAGACACCAGCUCUGAAUACCUGAGUACAGUGGAACAGAGCGAGUCGGAGUACCGGUCUGCACCCGCCGAGUUGAAUCCUGCAGGGAAGUCGAAUGCAGCACAAAACUCAAUCCCAAGCCUGACUCCUUUGUACUUUGUGAAAAAUGUCCUUGUAAAAGAGCCUUUGGCCAUGCCGACAGAGAACCAGCUUGUUCACAGCCAGCUACAGACCUGGGAAAGCCAGUGUUCCUUUGCUUCCUCACCAGGCCAGACCCAAGUAGUCUUCAUCCGACAAACUUUGGCACCUUCCUUGAAAGUUAAGAAUGCAGAUGCAAACACCGGAAUGGUGAAGGACACCUAUCUCCCGAUCUUAAACUCCUACCCUAGGAUUGCCCCACACCCAAACCAAGACCAACAUCUUAAAGAGAACCAGGAGCAGACAGAUCACCGUGUGGCCCCAGACAAGACUACUGAUCACAAGAGCAAACGCUUGUGUGUAGAUGAGAUAGGAGCCCAUCAACUGGAAUCUUCGUCACCCCAAAAUGGACAAACUACACACACAGCGCUGCUAGCAAACUUCCCGGGUCACUGGCAAAUUGAGAAUUCUAAGCAGCAGCCGUGGUUUGGGACAACAAACACUUUAAAUCGGUUUGAUGUCUCAGUCUCUCCAUCACCGGUGCUGUCUCCAGAUCUCACCUCCCAAUCUGAAUGCUCGGAGUCUUCCUCCUCCUCCUCCAUGUUAUCCUGUGCACCAAACACACAGUUGUCCGGUGUUGAGCCAAGAUCUGCCCACAACCUCGCCAAACAGCGGCGCUUCCGUAACACAGUGGACAUCCUGAACCGCUCCGGGCUCUUGGAGAUCACGCUGAGAACCAAAGAGCUGAUCCGCCAGAACAGCAACACUCAGCGGCAGAUCAAUGAGCUGAAGGAGCACGCUCACCUCUUCUGCAGCGCCAUGAGGAGCAGGGACCCUACAGACAUACUUCGGCUGCAGGAGGCCAUGAAACAUUCUGGGGCAUAUGGACCAGCAAUUAAAACAUCUCCCUCCUCUGCUUCUUCUUCCUCCACCUCCAGUCCCAGUUCAGCAGAAAGUCAAGCAACCUCCAACCAAGCACCGCCACCGUAAUCUGGCUGAUGAGCCACAGUCAUCGUUGAUGAAGAAUGCUCUGUGGGACAGACCGCAAGAGCAGAGUUGAGGUAGGAGUUCAGACAGGUUCUUAUUGUAUGGCAGAAUAGGCUUGAGUGGAGGGGGCGAAAUGCUAGGGUGACUCGUGCUCAGUGGAGGCUUGGGACGAGUACCUGCUUCCUAUACCAAGGGUAUGUUGGAGUCUAAACGUUAACUUUCCACCACUUUUUGGUUUUCCCACCAUGUAAAGCUGACUGUGCUUUAGAAGUUCUUCAUUGGUUGUGAAGCUCUUUGGGGCAACAUGAAAAAGCAAGCUUUUUAUUUAGUAGCAUGAUAUUUAUAUCCAUUUAUAUCCCUGUCUUUGCAUGAGCAGUUCCUGAGGGAGUUCCGUACAACUUCUGGUGAGGGACAACUAAUGCACUCUCGUUCUCAGCUUGCUGUAGUUCAGAGCUCUACAUUUUGUGUUAACCAACACGCAGCCAAUCUGUAAGUUGGUUCAGUGCAUUCAAAUACAUCAUCUGCUUCCAGUCCAAUAUUGAAGUUUUGCUCUGUCUAAAGCAUGUAGUGCUUUCAUAUGGACGUUAAAAAUAUCAGCAAUCUGAAGAGCUGGGACUUUUUGCCAGUGUUGUGGAGACCUUCUCUCCUCUUCCCAUCAAUGGAUUGACUCCCAAUUUGUCUUGCUGCUGAUUGUGGAACUUUGGACAUGGCAUGGUUAUAAUACUUAGCAAAAUUUUGUCUGAGUGAGACAUUUCCAUCCAAGAUGAUGAACCACUGAGAUUGAUGCAGAACUUCAGACCAUGCCUCCAUCAAUGUAUUGGCCAUCAACAGCAAAGUUGGAUCAUCCUGUCCCUUUCAACCGUGAGUAAGGAUACCUGCGGUUUUUUGGGAAGUUACCAUCACAGUUUCCCUGCAGCCCAUGGGGUUGCUUUAUUUCUAUACUAGGAUGUCUGUGGAUUUUGAGUUAGUAGGAAACUAACAGUCACUAAAAACCCUGAAUCAGGCUGCAUCCACCUGCCAGAGAAGGGAAUCAGAAACCUAUCCCUAUACCCUUUCUCUCCACUACUACUCAACCUAAAGCAGUGCUUUCUACACCUGUUCCCAACUUCCAGGGUCAGAUCUCAGAAAAUUAAUGUGUAAGCAAAUUGUCUCCAAUCCUAGGGAUCUGCCCAAGAAGAAAGAGGAUUUAUUUUCCCUUACUCAGGGAGACUGAGGCUAUGUCCACACUAGACCGGAUAAUUUUGAAAACACUGGUUUUGUGUAAAAACGGUAGGCGUCCACACCAGGCGUUUUUGAAAAUACCUCUGUCCACAUUAAAAGGGGUACUUGGGCGAAUCUCCUCCUCCUGGGCAUGCGCAGGACACAUCUACAGAAAACAAGCGAAGAGGAAACGGAAUACUUGGUGCGCGUUUGUCCAUUUGCAGACUAGAAAAACUUAAAAGGAAGUUGCCAAAUGGCAGGCAGCUGUUGGCUGUCGCGCAGGAGGACUUAAAACUAAAAAACCAAAUACUGGAGCAUAUGGAGGCAACCGACAGGGAGUUCACGGACAGUAUGACCCAGCUGACGACAAACAUUGAAAAACUGACUAAUUCUGUUGCAGAGGGAUUUGCAAUGAUGAGGAACAUGAUGGCUUCCCCCCAGUACUUUUCACCGCCACAAUACCAGCCUCACAGCCACUACAACAGCUACACAUACGGACACACAGACCCCCAGGUGGCCCCACCAAUAUCUCCCCCACUCCCACAGAGGGGUCACCCUGGAAACAUUUCCUACAGCCAUAGUCUCUUCACCGAUGAAAGGGGCGACAGGUUUUUUUUAAACUUCCGGUUAUCCCAUUACACACGACAACGCCUAACUGGCAUUUUCAGAUUUAAACACUCUGGAGAGCAUUUUAGAAAAGCUCUGAUUUGGGGGGAGGAAAACGCCGUUUCAGUGUGGACGGAGGGUCAAAACGAAUAGAAAAAGCUUUGGUUACGGAUUUAUCCAGUCUAGUAUGGACGUAGCCUGAGUCACAGAGUGACCAAGAGCAGGUUGUCCCCAGUGAAAUCUGUGAUGGGUUAAAUUAUUAAUACAAAGCUGAGGUACGGUAUUGUAGCGUGGAUGAAAUCACUGGAGAGACAGAAUCACUGGUAGAUACAAAGCAGCUUCUUUAUUCAACACAAGGUACGGCAGGCAUCUUAUGGACGGAGACGCUUUCUGCAGAAAGGUCUGUUAGCUCAAUGUGGGCUCGAUAUUUAUAUGCUAAACACAAAGGCAAACGCUACUUAAAAAGUUAUAGACAAUGCUUCCUUUUGAAGCUACAUACAAACAUCACACCUUCUGACUUCAUCCUUUCCUUCCAACGCCAACAUGUCUGGGUUGGUAUCCACAGCCCUUAGUUCUAUCCACAAUACAUUUAUUUGACAUUUUACGUGCUAACAUAGAAGACAAUUAUUAUUUAUAAUGUGUAGAUAAUACUGUGGCUACGUCCACACCAUGCUGGAUAAUUUUGAAAACAAAGCUUUUUCUCUUCGUUUUGACCCUCUGUCCACACUAAAACGGUGUUUUCAUCCCCCAAAAACGGAGAUUUUCAGAAACGGUCUCCAGAGCGAAUAAAUCUGAAAACGCCUAAUAUCGGUUGCAGCGUGUACGGGGUAACCGGAGCUUUUUAAAACCACUGUCAUGACGUGCCGGAACAGAUGGCGACAGCGCGGCAUUUCAUUGUUUUCUUCUUAUUAUUCUUAUUAUUACUACUUCAUUGUCGCCAAACAAUUGAUACUAGAGCGUACGAUCAUCACAGCGAUAUUUGAUUCCGCGCUUCGCAGAACCUAACCAGAACAGACGGCAACGAGACUGAAGCCAGAAGAGUUAGAAAUGUACUCACCAAAUAUUUUGACCCAUAGCUUACUGAAUAAAUAAGUAUUCUCACUUUACCCUGUUUUCCGUCCUUGUUUGUAUGAAGGUGGUUUACCUAUUUAUGCAAGUACUUCUCUGACAACAGAUGUGUAACAGCCUAAUGUAACAUUGUAUGGAAAUACAAGAUAACACUGAUGCAGACAUGUUUUAUACACUUAACAAGGUGCUUUAUUAAUGCAACAGUUAGUCAGUUUUUCAAUGUUCGGCGUCAGCUGGGUCAUACUGUCCGUGAACUCCCUGUCGGUUGCCUCCGUAUG